GACAUCCACACCUUCCCCACGAUGAUGGUGUUCAACCAGUCCAGCAUCUCAGAGUUCGAGGGCUACCACACGGCAGAGGGCGUCAUGGAGUUUUUGGAGCACCUGGCCAGCCCCGCAGUGGUCACCCUGACGCCAGACUCCUUCCAGAAGCUGGUGAAGCAGGGGGGGCCUGAUGAGACGUGGUUGGUGGCCUUCUUCAUGCCGUGGUGCCAGCACUGCCUGGCGUUGCUUCCUGAGUGGAGGAAGCUGGCGCAGAUGGUUGACGGGAUAGUUAAGGUGGGCACCGUGGACUGCAACAAGCAUCGGUCCUUCUGCCGGCAUGAGGACAUCCUGGGCUACCCUGAGAUCCGCCUCUUCCCACAGAACGCCAGCCGCUGGGACCAGCACCAGAGUUACACUGGCUGGAACAAAGACUCGCAGUCACUGAGAUCGUGGGUCUUUGGGUCCCUUCCAAGAGUGUCACAGGACCUGACUCCCAAAGACCUCCGAAGGCGGGUCUACGGCGGGAAGCAGCACUGGGUGCUUGACUUCUAUACCCCCUGGUGUGUUCCUUGCCAGGAGUUUGCCCCCGAGUUCGAGCUCCUUGCCCAUGUGAUGAAGGGCAGUAUCAGGGCGGGAAGGCUGGACUGCCAGGCCCAUGCCCAGGUCUGCGAGAGAGCAGGCAUCAAGGCUUACCCUACCAUCCGCUUUUACCCCUACUCGGGGUCGGCCGUGGACCAGGGUGGAGAGGAUAUUAACAGCAGAGAUGCAAAUGGGAUCACCAGAGUUCUGCGACGGCGGCUGCAGCAGCUAUCUGCAGACUCGCAGAGCAAGUUCUCCAAAGUCAAGGAUGAACUUUAGCGGGCAGGGGGCUGGAUGGCAGGAGUCUGAAGCUUUCCCAGGCUUCUGUGCCGCCCAUGCCGCUGGGGGCGAUGAUGUUUUUGGGAAACACGCCAGGUGGACAUAGAUUGGGGUCAACUGAGCUCUUGUGUUUUACUUGGAGUCAGUUUCUGUGGGGAAUACAGACGAUGGACGGCACUUCAUGUGAAUGUAUCAGUCGGCUUCUCUUAAGGAGAUAGUUGAUAAAGUUGUUCCUAAGCAGGCAUAAUGUAAUAGACCAUAGUCUCCUACAGACACUUUCUCCAUAUUGUGACCUGUGAUUAAUGAGGCUCUGCUUCGAUUGGCUGAGCCAUAGAAAUGUUGUCCAAAUGCACCUUUAAGUCACCGAUGUAAUUAAUGUAACCUUUUACUUUGCUCGAUCAUGCUUGAUUGGGCCAUUAGUAACGAUAGGUAUUGUAUGUUUUUUUUUUUUCUUUCGGACUGGGUCCUCUGUAGUUUUUUUUUUGUCCUCCUCCAAACUGAACCCUUUCUGUCACUGUCUCAGUGAGAUAAACAAAGCAAUCCCUGAAUUCUGUUAUGCGUUCAGUGUUCGUUUUGGAGAAUUUAUGUUAGUUGCAUUUCAAAUGUUUAUUUUGGAGAAUUCGUGUUAGUUACGUUUCAAAUCUUUGUUUUUCUUUUAACCAGCCAGCAAAUAAAUUUCUUACCUUAAAAAUG